AUGCCAGAGGGCCAGGUUGACUCGCUGAUGCAGGAGGUUGCUGACCAGCACGGGCUUGAGCUCGGCUCCGAGCUGUCCAUCCCAUCUGGCAGCGUCUCUGUCGGCACUUCCUCUGCCGCCAACCGCGAGCAGGACGAGCUCUCGGAACGCCUCGCAAAGCUCAGGGGCAACUGA